AGAGGCUCCAGAUCAAAUCUAGGGUAUGCUCGGCUGCUCUGUUCAGGCACUUGAAGACGGGAAAAGCAACGAAGAAACCACGCAGAAGGUAGUUAUAUGUCAACAAGAAGUCGAGAGAGGUGGGGGAUGUGAGCAUUCUCAUAAACAACGCUGGCAUCGUCACAGGCAGGAAUUUCAUGGACGCGCCAGACUCCCUCAUUGAGAAAACCAUUGAAGUAAACACCAUGACACACUUUUGGACUUAUAAAGCCUUCCUCCCAGCGAUGACUGUCAACAACCAUGAUCACCUGGUCAGUGUUGCUAGCACAGCGGGUCUGAUUGGUGUCAAUGGACUAGCAGAUUACUGUGCCAGCAAGUUUGCUGCUAUUGGCUUUGCUGAGUCUGUGGCUCUGGAGCUGCUGGCAACAGGGAAGGAUGGUGUCAAGACUACCAUUGUGUGUCCACACUUCAUGAACACUGGCAUGUUCGAUGGCUGCAAUUCUAAGUAAGUUAUCAGCCAUAAGAAGUGUUACUGUAUAUGGGAUUACAUUUCCCACUUUAAAGUUGCCAUUGUGUUUAUAAGAGGUUAUUAUCCUCAUUGCAUAUUUGUAAUAGUUUUUCUCAUGAAAAGUUUGAGAUGACCCUGCUGAAGGGUAUUUAUUCAUCCAUGAAUAAAUUAAUAUGCAAUCCCUUUAAGAGCCAGGGCCAGUUCUGUUUUUAUGGGACAUGAAACUGAACAAGAUACUUUUUAAAUUGAGAUUGGUUUUAUGAAGCGUGAAAUGGAAGGCCUUGUCUCGGCAUUGAC